UGAGAGCGGAAGCGGGCCUCUGGUCGCCUAGGCGACGGCGUGAGGACUCAAAAUGGCGGAGCCCUUGCCCGCUACCGCAGAGGGCCCUUCCAUUUCCCGGCCGAGCAGCUCUGCCUUCGCCCCUCACACCUACAGCCUCCGGCCGGCCUUCCUCCACAAAUUCCGCACAGCUACAGUGAAAGACUGCAUCCAUGAAGUUUUGAAGGAGCAACUGGCCACUGUACAGUACUCCCCUGAAGAAAUCCCAAUACUUACCAAGUUCCUAUCAGAGACCAUCAGAGACAAACUGAAGGAGAAAGGAUUUCACAGAUAUAAAAUGGUGGUGCAAGUGGUGAUUGGAGAGCAAAGAGGUGAAGGAGUUAACAUGGCUGCCCGAUGCUUCUGGGAUGCAGACACUGACAACUAUGCUCAGGACGUUUUCAUUAAUGACAGCCUCUUCUGUGUGGCCAUUGCUUUUGGCUGUUACUUCUACUAGUGCUGAUGAAAAGUUCAAAGAAUAGAGGCUGCUUCUUCAGAGACAUCAAGGGAGCCAAACUCGAAUCUGAAGCUAUACUGCACAUUUUUUUAAAAAAUCAACAGAUGUAAAAUAAUAAUAAUAUUUUUCUACAUAACACUUGUAAGGUAUCAUAUGCUACUUCUAAGGCUGUUCUUGUAUGUAGAUAAAGUAUUCUGAGGAAGCCCUGCUUGAAGUGAAUUGGUUAAUGAUCUUGUGCAGCUCUUGUUCAUUGUACAACACUUGCUUGUAGAACCUCUUUCUGCAUUUGCUGCUAUAUUUAUGUGUAACUCUUCUUUGAGCUUGGUGCAGAAUGGACAUUACCAACAAUUGACAGUACUCACUCCAGAUGCAUUGCUUGUCUUGCCAAGCUGAAUCCAUGUCAAUGAUGAAUAUACUGGAAUUGUGGCAAAAAUUGUAAUAUAGUGUAAUUAUUGACCAGUGUUUACUUUUGUAUUAAUUCUGUUUCCAAUGCAGUCCUGAAAAUUUCUUAUCUUUCUGACUUCAUAAAUUUACAUUCUCCUUGCA